AUGUCUAGGAUUAUUCUAUUCACUUUAUUUGUUGGACUCUUGAAAAUAGUUGCUGCAAAUGUGCACCCAAUAACAAUCCACGGUCAUUAUUUUGUCAAUAGUGUUACAAAGGAACCAUUUUACAUAAAAGGUAUAGACUAUCAGCCCGGUGGGUCGUCGGCCGUUUCUAAUCAAAAAGAUCCCUUGUCGGAUCCCAAGCAAUGCGCAAGAGAUAUAAUAUUGUUUCAGGAGUUGGGAAUAAAUACUGUUAGAAUAUAUUCAGUAAAUGCUGAUUUAGAUCACGACAAAUGCAUGACAAUGUUAGCAGCAGCAGGAAUCUAUUUGGUUUUGGAUGUCAACUCUCCAUUGCCAAACCACCACCUAAACAGAUACGAGCCAUGGACCAGCUACAACCUUUUCUAUUUUGAAAAUGUAUUUAAAAUUGUACAUCAGUUUUCACUUUACAAUAACACUUUAGGGUUCUUGGCGGGUAACGAAAUCAUCAAUGAUCCAAUAUCAGCAUCAGUUUCAGCGCCAUUCAUUAAAGCUGUUGUUAGGGAUAUUAAGGCUUACAUAAGUGUAAAUUCGCCAAGGCCCAUUCCAGUCGGUUAUUCCGCUGCAGAUGAUUUGAAUUACCGUAUGCCGCUAGCUCGAUACUUGGAAUGUGCCAAUGAUAACCCAUUGGAAAGCAUAGAUUUCUAUGGGGUAAACUCCUACCAAUGGUGCGGUGAUCAAACAUUUUACAGCAGCGGAUACAACAUUUUGGUCAAUGAUUAUAAGGGAUACACUAAACCAAUAUUUUUCUCCGAAUAUGGCUGCAAUGAGGUUCUACCACGAAACUUCGACGAGGUUCCUGUAUUGUACACCAAUAACAUGAUAGAUGUGUUUAGUGGAGGUUUAGUGUACGAGUUCACACAGGAGCCAAACAAUUUUGGUUUAGUUUCCAUGGAGCCAAAUGGAGAUGUCAAGUUGUUGAGGGACUUCAUGCAGUUGAAGCAAAAGUUUGACACAUUGCCCGAGUUAGAUUUUACCUUCAUAGUACAAUCAAUGAAGGAAAAUGCCAAGGAUAUUCAAGUACGAUUAAAACAAUAUAAAACGGCAAUUCCCAAAUGCGAGGCGCUGUACAGUAAUAUAGAUAUAUCCAAAGGAGUGCCGCCUUCAAUCGUCGACACUAUGGUGGAAACAGGCGUUGACGUGAAGCCUGGAAAAUACGUCAAAUUAACCAAGGAAGAUUUGAGAACAGAUGCAAAGUUUUUCCAGCUGGGAGGAGAGAUGUAUAAUUCACCUUAUGAAAUUGAUGUGGUUGUUGACUUUGAAACGGAAGAUGGCGGUUUGAGCUCACCGCAAACAAGCAGUACGUAUGAUAAAUUGCGUAAAAUUAAACAGAAAGAACUGAAACAACAACAACAACAACAGCAGCAGCAGCAGCAGCAACAGCAACAGCAACAGCAACAACAACAGCAGCAGCAGCAACAAGAACAAGAACAACAACAAUCUCAACUUCAACAACAACAUUCAAAUAUGGAUCCUAUUGAGGAACAAUUCAAAAUCACAGGUAAUAGUGUACCCAGUUCCACUAGCAGUGUUCGAGUUGAAGAAACAACUGCAACUGGCGUAGACCGUCCCGGCGAAGAAAACCCAAGCGUUUUGAUAAAUGCAAUGCACAAAGUUACAGACUCAGUGAAACACUGGUACGCUAGCAUAUUCAACCAAUAA